AUGUCCGCCCCACGCAGAGUUCGAUCUGGAUCGAAAUCUUUCUCCCUUGGUGGAGGCCACGUUGAUGAAAAUGGCUCGGUUGUCUGCUCUUCUUCUUUGCUGGAGACGCCAACCAAGGAGCAUUGGUCCUUUAACUUUAAGAUGAUGGGGAGCAAGGGAAAGAUUGAUCCCCGUGAGAUUACAAGAACCGAGACAAACAGCUCCUUGGACUCUGACAGUGUUCGCGAUGAGAGUCUGGAUGUUUUCCUGGGGGAUGAUUGCUUCGACACCGGUUCCGGUAGCGGUACCAACUACAGCUCCAUGGCUGACAGACACCUCCUGCAAGCACUCGAUGAAGCUGUGGAAUGGGAAAAGCAAAUUGCCGUGUCUCAUAUCCUUCAGGAAAUGGACACUCGUGGCCUCCGUCUUGAUAACACCAAGCGGCAAGCCAGUCUUGAGAAGGCAGCACUGGAGAUACAGCAAGUCCUAGAUGACCACCUCCAAAAUCCUGAAGAGCAAGGCGGUUGGAAAAGACAGACCAUCAUGCAUGGCAGGAAACGCGACACUGCCGUGUACAACCGAAUGAAUGAUCAACAAGAAAUCACCGUUAGGAUGGAAACUCCCAUUGAAGCCUCCCUUCUCGUCCCUUUGUUGGCCACUCUAAACGAGACAAACCUUUACACAACAUGGAUCCCAUCCUUCCAGAGACCCAUCAAACUGGGGGUCCGAUCCUUUCAGAAAAUGAUGCAAAUCAGUCGAGGAUUUCAAAUCGCACGGUGCCAAGUGGAUAUGCCAUGGCCAAUGACUAAUCGGGAAAUCGUUGGAAAGAUUAUCUUGGCGGAUGCUGUAGAGGAACUUGAUGCCGUCGCCAUUCGAUUGAAGUCAAUCGAGGAAGGAGAGCAGGUAGGCGAAUUCACCGUUCCCAAGGCUGCAGAAGGAUGGGAAAGCAUCGGGGUGGAUGCUGCCGUAACCUUUCGCAAAUGCCCACGAGAUCACCCGGCACUCAAACGACAUGCCAGCAGCCUCAAAAACAACAACCUUAACGAUCCUCUGCUGCUGGCAUCCUUCACGUUGACGGUAUCUCCCGCAAAGAACUUCAUCCUCAAGACUAUUGCUGGACCUGCUUGGGCCGCAUUGAUCUACCUUGCAGAACAUGUCAAGAAGGGCAAGAGCGCUCCUCACAAGGCAGCCAUUGACAGCAAGCCAGAGCUUUAUGGAUGGGUCUAUGAAGUGGUGGAACGCAUGACGCAAAAGUGUUGA